GUAGAUAAUUUGUUACUGUUAGAGGUAAAGAAAAAUGAACACCCAGGGGGGACCACGAAUCAAAGGACUCUAGUAUUUGUCGUGUUGGACUUGCAAAUUGAGGCCUAAAUCCAUCAAGAAAGCAGCGGCAGCAGAUAUUUAGAGAUAAAGCUGCUGCCUGUUUCUUGGUUUUGAUUCAGUUGAGUGAAAUAAUACAUGGGUUUGGGUUCAGCCCCCGUUUCCUCUUCCUCAGCUCCACCAAUUUAUUAUAAGCUGAAUCACCACCAUACACAACAAUUUCAUGUUUUUGUGCAGAAAAUCCAGAAACAGCCAUUUGCAGUGCAUACAAGCAGCAGCAGCAGCAAGAACAAGUUGAAAUCAGUAAUAGUAAGUUGCAGCAGCCAACUGAAAAUAGAAGAAGAAGAAACCUGUGAAUUAGUGAAUGGGACUGAGCUGACCAUCGGAGAAAACCUGCGCGCUCAUCUUUUCACCGCAGUCAAGAACAAUAAUGCAACUGGAAUAUUGCUCUUGUCCGAUAUCUUCGGUUUUGAAGACUCUUCCACCACAGAUUUCGCCUAUCGCCUUGCUUGCAAUGGUUACAAUGUUCUAGUUCCUGAUUUGUUCAACGGGGAUUCAUGGACAAAAGAUAGGCCACUGGAAGAGUGGAUAACCAAGCAUAGCCCAGAAAAGAUAGCAAAGACUGUAUCUGCAUCAGCACAAUGGAUGUUAGAUGAAUUUGCACAACUUGGAAUAUCAAACAAGUUUGGUAUAAUAGGUUUUUGCUAUGGAGGUGGCAGAGUGAUAGACAUUCUAGCACAAGAUAAGGGUGCCCUUUUUGGCUGUGGGGUCUCCUUUUACGGCACCAGGAUUGACUCUAGCAUCGCUACCCAAAUAAAUGUACCUCUGCUACUAAUUACAGGUGGGAAUGAUCCACUUUGCCCAAUCAGUGUUUUGGAACACAUUACAAAUAUUAAUGAGGAGUUGAAGAUGGUUGUUUUCAAAGAGAGGGGUCAUGGUUUUGCUCACAGGCCCCAGACUCCAGAAGAAGAUGCAGAUGCAGAGGAAGCUUUUAUCAUCAUGAGAAAUUGGCUAUCUGAUGGAUUGCUGGUUAAUACAUGAUAUCUUGUUUUCUUUUCUAUUUAUAUUUAUUUUGUCCAUUGGUUUAAUCUU